AUGAAUGUAUAUGAGAGUCAUUGGAUAUUGACAGUGGUUAAUAUACCUGAAAAGACUGUGACAUCAUAUGAUAGUCUUAAGUCGUAUGAGGGUCCCUAUCCAAUGGUAUUAAAAAAUUUCUUAAUUGAAUGGGAGAUGGACAAAAAAGGAAAAGCUUCUACAUGGACAUUACAAAUAGGCGAGACAUCUCGCCAAACCAAUGGACAUGAUUGUGGGCCAUUUACUGUUGAGCUGGCAGAAAAAAUGUCUCGAGGAGAUACAACACCAAUAAAUGUCGUUCAUAUGAAAUGCCCUGAAUUAUAA